AUGUAUUAUGUCAGCCGGGCAGAAAACCACGGAGCCAGCUCGGGCAGGCCGGCGCUUCUCGAUCGCUUCGUCGACUGGAAAAUACCCAGGAUGCUGCUCAGAAACAAGCUCAACCAGAUCCUGGCCGAGAACCUGCUGGCCACCCGACGCUGCUGGGCCCCGCCGUCCUACACGAUCUCCAGGGCCUCCUCAACCGACACCCACUCCGACCCAUCAUCCUCAUCACCAGCAGCAUCAUCAUCAUCAUCGUCGUCGUCGUCUCUUUCCGACCUCCCCCCGCACACACAUCCGGCUUCCACAAGACUGCUUCCGGUCCGGCCAUCGACAUCCAAGCACCCGCGCCCGUCUCCGAAGGAGAACACGACGCUCGCCGCCGCCGCGCUGCUCUCACGCUCCCCGCUCCUCCUCCGCCCCCUGACCGAGUUCGAGGACGCCUAUUACCAGUACCAGCGCGAACUGAAUCUGGCCCUCGCUAAGCCCGUCCGGCCAUCGUUCUUCUUCAGACCCGGCUCCCAUGCCGCUAAGGCUUUCGACCUCUCCCUCAAAUCUAGCCAGGCUAUCCAUCUGCCCUCGGCUCCCGAUCUUGAUUCUUCCGCCUCCCAACCCACUCAGCAAAAACUCUCGCUUCAGAAUCUCGAAAGGGAACCCCAUCGGUCUAUCUACCUCUUCGUCAAGCUACUCGAUCCUCAAAGCCAGAAAUCUCAAUGGCAACUACCAACCAGUCAAAUCCUUCCGACAGAUAAUUUGACUCAAGCUUCACUAAGGGCCGUCCACAGUGGCCUAGGCCCGAACAUGGACAUCUGGUCGAUCGGAAAAGUGCCGGCGACAGUCUACACACCCUCUCCAGGGUCGUCUUUCGACAAGGUCUGGGUGAUGCCGCAACGGAUCCUCAGAGGCAAACCUGUCCUCUCCUCCUCCUCCUCUUCCCCCCCUCCCCCUCCCUCAUCGACUACAGACCAAUCGAAGAUUCAGAUACAGGACUUCGCCUGGUUCACUACGGACGAAAUUCGUGAGAAGGUCGAUCAGGGCCUUUGGGACGCUUUGGAACCGGUCCUCAGAUCCUAA